GUUUCUGUUGUCAUCUGCAGUCUUACAUGAAUCAUUCGAUAUACUCAGAAUCAUUUACAACGUGCAUUUUUCGCUUUUCGGUGAAUUUUGAUUGCUACUGAGUAGCUUCUAUCCAUUGAGGAAAGACAAUCUGUCAAUUCUGAAUAUCAAGACAAAUUGGUUCCCAUUUCCACGGCUUUCAUCUUCGAUAUUUGUAUCUACCAUCAACGAGAAUAUCCGUACUCUCUAUUCUUGACACUUACCAAAGCCGCCAUUGGAUCAAACUUCCACGAUAUUCACUUGGUGCAAGUUCAACUUAACUUUCUCUUCUUCGGUAUAUCGAACCACAAGAUUCUAGCUAAUUCACAUUUGAACUCGCAACUACGAGCCCGCGAUCUAAGAUAUCAACUCCUUCCUAUUCUUCAGUAAUUUAGCCAAUUUAGAACUACUAUCGAAGAAAUCGUACAUCGAAAGCCCCUUCUCGAAAGAUUCUAAUACGUGCAAACUUGAGUCUGCGAUCUCAGUUGCUGCCAAUUUUCUUACCUUGCUGUCGCUCUCGUCAACAACUACCCAAUCAUACCUCACUUUCAGAAAAACGAAUACCCCUCAUCUUUUAGUGCCGUCUCUAUUCACUAUUCUUAGCGUGGAAUCGAAAGGCUUUUCAAUCUACUACUUUCCCACUUCCAUCCUCUUUCAACCUUCUCAACUACAACCACUCCCUCCCAUACCUCCGUCGAUCUAUCUCGACUUCUCUUAGUUCUUUCUAUUAACUUUAUCUUUUGCUUCUCCAUCUAUCUUCUUCUAUUAUUUACAUCCUUCUACUUAUUGAUAGCUUUACUCAAAUUCUGCAAUCAUACCUCCAAAGGGCCGUAAGCAAGAUCAGCGAGUUGAAGUCAUGCCUCCAAAAAACUCUCGUAAGCAAUUUCAGCGCGGCGAGGAGGUCAUGCAGGUUGACGAUCCCAAAAAUCAAGCUUUUAAAGCUCAGCCUGUCACAAAAAGCAAAAAGAGAUCAAACACAGUUCGCCCUUCCAUUGAAAAUGGUCCAAUCGAAAUUGAUUCUGAUGAUGAGCAAUCCCGACCAUCAAAAAAAUCUUGUUCAGGUCCAGCCGCGCCAAAAUUGAACAAUCGUGCUGCGAAGCAAAAAGAACCUCUGUUGGAAGCCAGACAAGAAUCAGAAGAAAGUGACUCACUAGAAGUGAUUGCCUGUCCAAAUUUACCGCGGAAGAAACUUCUUCAACCAUUCGCAGAUGAAGAUGCGGACGUGUACAUUGUACUGAUUCCGAAGAACCCCAAAUAUACAUUCAGAAUGCACUCGCAUAUCCUGAAGCGUGCCUCGCCGUGGUUUGCUAAGCAAUUUCAGGAAGUUUCUGUCGUCGAGAUGAAUAAAGACACAGCUGCUAUGAUUACUAGAGACACUGGAAUCAAGUAUAGAUUUGAACUUAGGCUUGAUGAUCACCUUGGAUAUCACGCGUUGAAGCGGGUGGGCCUCACAAUGUACAAGGAGCAGCCUCAAGCUGUCUUCAACAGAGCUAUUUCCACAAAUGGCUACAACCACUAUUCCUUCUCUGGCAACGGUUCAUCUAACUCGCUUCGAUCAUCUUUAUCUUUGCCACAAUGCGAUGGCUCGUGCGACGAUAUUGAAAUGGCAAAUACAAUGGGUGAUCAUAAUGCAUCUACUGGUCUUGACAUGGUCACUCUCCUUCCAUGGCCAAGUAAACUUUCGCCUACUCAAGACUCUGUCAAUGAGAUUCAAGAAAAUGAGAGUGUCAUCAAGUCAGAAGAAGAUACCACUACUUUAUUGAAUAGUGCCGAGCUUGAUCUGCCAGCCCAGAACAAGACGGAGGAGCAAGUUGCUACACCACCUACAAGUCCCAGCAAGGCAGAAAUUGUACAAAACACAGAUCAAACAAUAUCUCAUGGUCCACCGGUUGACACAGAAUCUCAGGCUCCUCUUGCAGACCAGAGAGGUUCAAGAGCUGACCUGGAUAUCAAAGUAGAAAUGGGAUUCAAGGAGCAAACUUUCUCGCUAAGCCUUCUGGAACACAAGUCGCCGGAAAGACAACUUGAAGAUCUUUCAAAUGCGGGAGACAAGUUGAACGAGCAAUUUCGCCCAGUACUACAGCCAGAUGAGAUGCCACCAAGUCGCCAAGUUUCUCCUGAAGAGCAACUUCAGGAUGCUAUUUCAAAGGAAAAUCCAGUAGGACCCGGAACAAACCCCGAGGAAGCACAACUUGCUGCAACUUCGCCUUUGAAGCAGCAAUUCAAGGCUGAAUCAAUUGUUGAAACCCCUUCUAGCAAUAAUAUCGUUACCAAAACAGUUGAUACUACCAUAGAAUAUGCAAACAGCAAUAAUUCAAACCAAAAGCCAAUUGAUCAACAAGCUCUGUUAGAAAAGGUUGGAAUUCUCGACGCAUAUCACUCCCUUUUUCUCUGCUGCUACGGUUGGUUUCCUACAAUUUCCACAGCAGACAUUUCAGCUGCGAUGAAACAGAUCUCGACGUUGGUUAAGGUCGCUACCCUCUACCAUUCAUUAAAGAUUGUCAGACCUCACAUCGUGUCCUCUCUCUUUUCCCACGGUCGCAAUUUGUACUCAGCCAUACGUGAAGAUCCCCCCCGUUUCUUGAUACUAGCAACCAAGCUUCAAUGCGCCCUCAUCUUCAAGGAAGCUCUCAUUCAUAUCGUAGGACAAUACCCCUCCUGGCCAUGGCCCACUAAGAAGAGUCAAAUGGGUCCUGAUCUUGGCAAGGUCGUUUCAAUGAAAUUCGACGAUCUCCAACACAUGAUAUUCAAAGUCAAUGGCCCACUCUUUCAGAGCUGUGUCGUUAAAGACAAAUUGAGAGUCAGCAUCAACAAUUUGGAUCGGUCAAACUUUGACAUUUGGGUUAUUGUUCAAAUCUGGCAUGAUUGGUUCUCUCAGCAAUUACGCCAUUGCACGCUGGUUCAACACCACGAACAUAGAAACGUGGAAAAGAACAUGUAUAGGCUCAUUUCUCAAGGCGGUGAUGCGUAUCUCAAGAUUGACGAUGUUAUGGCAAUGAUUGAACCAUUCAGAGCCGGCUCAGAGGCGAGAGAGUGGGGACAUUGGGAGAAGGAUCAGGUUGAGGUGCAGUUGCGUAUCUUAAAAGAGUAUGCCGCGAUCAGAGUCAAGGAUUUAUUGGAAAAUGAGUUGAUGGGUGAAACCGGCGGAAAUGCUGGUGAAAUCGAAUAUCUCACAUGCACCAAGGUCGGUGAACACGAGUUGCCAUGGGUUGAAGCACCAUUUAUCAUUGAGGAUUAGGGCUAAAAUUGGGGAUGAGGCAAAUUACUGGAAUGAGUGCGAGAACCGAAAGGAAUAAUAGGUUGCUUCACACUGCUGAGGAUAUCUGAUGGCUGGAAGUUACUCGUGUGAGCCUGUAUCUUCAACCUAUGGACAUUCCGACGUAAGCAAGCGAUGCCACAUCUUUCGCUUAUUAUUUAUCUAUCUUGCGAAGUAUCGUUAUUAUUUUUUCCUUCUUUUAUUUUAUUUUGCUUGAUGGAGAUGGAUGGAGACGAAUGGAAAAUGGGAUAUUACUUACUUAUUAUUAUUUGCGAACACAAUAUCAGAUAUGAACUGCUUUCAUCAUAGCGGACGGAACGGACAUGCACGAAGGAAUCCGAGAGGGGAAAUCAAUAGCUAGAGAAGAUACUUUUUAACA